GCAAAACUUAUUUUGGACUUUCAGCUUAUGUGUAUCACAAUUCUGUAUAUUACGGCUGAGUAAGACAACCAGUGCACUAUGGGGUCAGCACUGUCAACAUUUCUUGAGCUGUAUGAUGAUGCAAAGACAACAUUGAAAUGGAAGGAUGUUCUGAAAUUGAUGGGCCUGGUAACAACUUCAUGGUAUAUCUACAAAAUAAUGUUGAGACCAUUUGUGUCACCUCUAAGAAAGGUUCCUGGUCCACCAUUUCGGCCAAUUGUGGGCAACAUGUUCGAUGCUCUAAAACAGGAAGCAAUGACCAAUACAAUCAAUUGGAUGAAACUUUACAAAAGUCGGUUUAUUAGGUUCUACUUUUUGUUUGGCCAGGAAAGAUUGUUGGUUGCUGAUCCUGAUAUUAUCAAAUACAUCAAUGUUACAAACAGCAAGAAUUAUGUUCGCCAAACAACACUAAAUCUGUUGGAUGGUAUGGCUAAUGACUUUGUCCUAAAUCUGAAUGGUUCAGCACACCAUGCAUUACGAAAACUGCUAAAUCCAGCUUUUAAACUUAAAGUUGUUGAAGACUUUGUGCCAACCUAUGUUGAGCUUUCUGAGAAGUUGGUUUCACUGUGGAAUCAAAAAAUAAUGAAGUUGGGAGAACCAACGGUGGUGGAGGCACAGACAUGUUUGGCUGGACUGACACUGGACAUCAUAUGUAAGUGUGGGUUCGGCUACGACAUGAAGGCCAUUGAGAAGCCACAAGAGGCUGGUGUGUAUGCCUUCAAGAGAAUGCUUUUUGGGUCACGAAUCAGACUGACUAAUAUGAUUCCAUUUUUCUCAUAUUUGCCUUCAAAGGAAAAAACUCAAUUCAAAGAAGACGCUCAGCUGUUCAAAUCAACGAUAAUGAAGGUUAUCACACAGCAAAAGCAACUGUUCAAGGAUAAUCCUCAGUACACGAACCUCAAUGGAAACAAGAAUCUUCUGGCCACUCUGCUGCUGGCUCAUGAUGAGAAGGAUGAGGGCAUUACAGAUGAAGUGAUUUUUGCCAAUAUUGCUGGAUUCAUGUUCGCUGGUUUUGAGACUACCAGUCAUGCUUUGACGUGGACUCUCUUGAACCUGGCACAGCACCUUGAUUGUCAAGAAAAGGCUAGAAAAGAAGUGUUAGGACAAACACCCAAGGGUCAGACAGUCACUGUAAAAAAACUGGACCAAAUGCCUUAUGUGACUUGUUGCAUAAAGGAAUCUUUGAGAUUGUAUCCACCUGUUACUGUGUUCUGGAGAACACCUGUACAUGAUGAUCAAAUAAAUGGCUACUUUAUUCCUAAAGGCACACCUGUUGGUAUCAGUGUUGGAGCUCUUCACAGAUUGCCGGAGAACUGGGAUGAUCCCGAUUCAUUUAAGCCAGAGAGGUUUCUGGAGCAAAUCAACCCAUACAAGUUUAUUCCUUUUGCCACUGGUCCCUACAUGUGUAUUGGUAACAAAUUUUCCAUGAUGGAGUCCAGAGCAAUUUUAGCUGUGCUUCUGCAGAAUUUUAAGUUUGAAAUGGUGCCGGACUACACAUUCAGGCGUGAAGCAACUCCUAUUAUGCAUCCAAGUCCUCCAUUGAUUCUUCGGGCGACAAGGGUGUAGUUCGGAUGCAGGCAGUAGUUGACUGGUGUUUUUGUUCUUGGAUAACAGUUGACUGGUAUUCUUGGACAAUACUAAAACAUUACAAUAUGUGACAUACAGGAUUUAAAAUGUAUGUCUUGCUCACUGUGCAACAUAUAUCCAUGUGUAUUGUUGUAAGGAUGUUUACCACACAGUACUUUGAUAGUCUAAAUUAAUAACUGUAAAAACAGUUUUUUAUGUGUGGUUUUGUUUGUUUGGUGUUUUUUUUAAAGAAAACAAAAAUGGCAUAGUUCUGAUUAAACAGUUAUAUUUGUACAUAUAUAAAAGAUACAGAACACUAGGUUUAAUGCCAAUCAGUGCAUUGUAUAUUUAGAAUAUAGGUCAGUAGCACUAGUUAUUUACAUUUUUAUCUAGCAGAUACCAAUAAUUACUAUUAAUCACACUGUGCAUUAUUUGGAGAACCUUUUUAUGUGCGACUGUUAAAAGUUUAUUUGUACUCGCCAUAACAAUUUAUUUAAUAAUUACCUGACAAUAAAUGUGUAUAGUAUCCAUCAUGCAAUCAUGUGAGAUAGAAGUAAUGUACAGCUGAGGUGACGGACAUUUCAAUCUGGGAUGAGUCUUACCAAGGGUGGAAAUUUCCACCACCAAGGCAGGGGACAAUAUUUUAAAAUGAUAGGCAACCAGAAGUCAGUUCACGUGAGUUUUAUACGUAGGUAACCGAUUGUUCAGUUAAGUGAAUGUAGUUCUUGUAACGGACGAAUUAGACCUACCUAAUUGUAAAACACUACGGUUCUGUGCUACAUUGGUGGUUCAAAUGUAUUUAAAAGCAUAAACUGAUUUUCACUUUCAUUACUGAUAUAUGGUACUUUUAAUUUUAUAAUUAAUUGUUAACCAUGUAACCGAUUGGUGGUUCUCGUGAUUUUAAAGUUUCGUAACUGACACGCAAACAGAACGGUUCUCGUGAAAUAUUAUGCCCUGCAAGGGUGUACUUUUUCUGUCCCACAUGACUACAUAUGAUUGAUUGUUUUUCAUUAAUUCAUUCAGUAAUUAAACUUAUGCUACAUGAAGUGACUAAGAUGGUUAAAAAAGUAAAAAGAUUUAGAUACACUAUCAUAUUUGAUGUUUGUUUCAUGCAUUAAUUAAAAUUUAAUACUACAAAUUAAUGAGAUAACUUUUAUAAUGCAGGUUUUAAUAAAGUAUCAACCUGAAUCUGUUAUCCAAUGACUUUAGAUCACCAAAUGUGCAUUUAUAGUUUCAUCCUUCAUAUUUAUUCGGCUAUUUUAACUCGUUUUUUCAAUUUUGUUCUUCUGAGAAACACAGACCCCAAUUAUUAGGCAGUGUAAAAUAUUUUUAGUCCGUCUGUCAUAUGAGUGAAUUUGCAUUGAGCUGCGGUUAGGCACCUCCCUACAAGUAGUUUGGCCAGCUCAUCCGUCUUUGGCAGUGAUCCAUAUUAGUCUAGCCAUUACCCUUUGACCAAUCCAGCUUGGGUGACCCUACCAUGAGUUGAAGCUCCCACUGGUAUAGCUCUCCAUGUCACUGCUGAUAGUACUAAAACAAAUAACUUCCGGCUGGGUCAAAGUUCGAGGUGCACAUAACUUUUGAUAGAGAAGUGAAC